UGGGAGUAAAUGUGGGUGUGACACAUUUAAACUGAAAGACUGGAGCAGGCAGGAACAAGCAGAGCUCAGUUGGCAAGAACACACUGGAGAGAAUGGAUUCAGACAAGAAAGUCACUAUUCUGAGGGAAGGAUUCUUGGUGAAAAGGGGUCAUGUUGUGCACAACUGGAAGGCCCGUUGGUUUGUUCUGACACCAGAGAAGUUGCUUUAUUACAAAUACGAUGGAAGCAGAAGAGACUCGUGUCAGAGAGGGAAGAUCCUGCUGAAGGACUGUGUGAUAACUUGUCCUUUCCUGGAAUUUGAAAAUCGACCGCUGGUGUUCAAGCUGCAGACGAAGCACGGCGUGAACCAUUUCCUGGAGGCUUGUUCCAGAGAGCAGAGAGACGAGUGGGCAGCAGAGAUCACCGUCCAGGUCAACAAGCUGCAGACGAAUGAAGGUGUGAAGGCGACCAAGCAGCAAGAACCUGGUGGUUCCCAGUUACACAACAUCAACCUGAGUAAAGUGUUGGACUCCAUGUACGACGUGCACAGCGGCAUCAAGAUGAGCAACCAUGUGGAGCAGGGCAGCACCUACAGCAACUGCUUCUCAGGCUCAGCGGUGGUGGACUGGCUGGUGUUCAUGCAGCUCGCUCUGACCCGUGUGGAGGCCGUGACUUUGGCCUCGGCUCUGCUGGAGGAAGGUUUCCUGAGAACCGUCGGCCUGAAGAGUGUCGCCGCUCUCAGGACUGCAGGACUCAGCGAGCAGUUCAUGGACGACUCCACUGCUCUUUACAGCUUCUCUGACAGUUUAAAGAAAAGAGGCAGCGUGAAGGCAGAGACGUCGCUUUCUGCAGUGGAGCUCAGUGGAACCGUGAUGAAGAGAGGAUUUCUGCUCAAACAGGGACACAGGAGGAAGAACUGGAAGGUGCGACUGUUCGUGUUGCGUUCAGAACCUGCUUUCCUUCACUAUUAUGAUCCCACCUCGGAUGACAUCAGCCCCGUGGGCGGCUUCUCGCUGCGAGGAUGUCUGGUGUCGUCUCUGGAUGAUAACGGAGUUCCCUCAGGUGUGAAAGGCAACAUUCAAGGCAACCUGUUUAAAAUCAUCACUCAGUCGGACACGCACUACUUCAUCCAGGCUCCGAGUCACCAGGACAAGAUGGACUGGAUCGAUGCAAUCAGAGAGCAAACAUAAAGCUGCUCAUUCCACGUAAAAAUGCAUCUUGUUCUUUUAAUCUGCUAUGAAGAAGAUUGAAUUCAAACAUUCUGUGAAUGUGCUGUAGCAACAAAAUGAAUGAAAGCAUCAGCGGUUCGUAACAUUUCUGUUCAUUUGUCUCUGAAAUUCUGGCACUUUUAGUCUGAUUAUUGUAUCUUUUAGAGUUUUAAAAGUUGUAGCAGUUUGUUUUAAGUUGGUAAUUUUUCAUGUGUUUUUCAAAUUAAUAAUAACUACUUUCAAUGGAAUUUUACUCCAACUCCAGACACCAAAGUUGAAAACUACUAUAUUUGUAAUUUAUAUUUUAUGCAGUUUUAUGCUUCUAAUUCAAAGAGAAAUAUUGAAAAUUUCUCUUUGAAAAUUUAUCUUUUACUACCACUGCAACUUUACAACUUUUUAAAAAAAAAAUUGACAGCUGUACUCAAUGCAAUAUGUGAUCAACACACUAAUUACAGCACACAGUUAAGGAUUAAACCAGUGGUUCCCAUUACUUUGGGCCUCUUACCCAUCACAGAAAAGUAAUGUGUUGCCGUAUUAGUUUUGAUAGGUUUGUGAGAGUCAUUUCUCAUCUAAACGUCUUAAAGGAUUUUAUUUGAAUUAAACCUCAAAUAGAAAAAAUAAUCCAAUGUUUUCUUUUCUUUCCAACCACUUCACAGUCUCACAACCUUUGAUGUUCUUCUGUAACUCAAUGAAAAAUAUCAAACUCCUAAACUAAGCAACUAAACUGUGCAUCAAGUUAUUAGAACUAACUCCAAGUAAAUGCUUCAUACACACUAAUGCAUCAGUAAAAAUAAUCUACUGAUAUAAGAUUGAUGAAUAUGUGAACUUUGAUGCUUUAAAUACAUGUUGCUGAUGUUACUUUUACUUGUAGUCUGCAGGUCUUGAAAAGUCAUCCAGAGAACUUCUUCAAGAAAAGACUCAAAGUAUUAAUCCAACAUUUUCAUUAUUGUGUAAAGCACCACUUACAUUGGCACCAAAAUAGCCCAAGAGCAUGAUACUGCCACCACCAUGCUUGGUGGAUGGUUGGUUUAGUGUUCUUGGUGUUAAUGGCCAUGUGAUCAGCAGUAAAUUUCAUUCAAGCUUUUAGGUGUUACUUUUAGGGUUUCCCUCUUGCUUAUCAGCCUCACACUUGUCUGUGGACACUGACAGCUGUGUUUCAACAGCUUCUAAUUCAUUGCAAACCUGAUUUUUGGUGAUUCUUGGUUGUCUCUUUGCAGCAGGUCCAUAGUUUGUGUUUUCUUCCUAAUUGUGGCAGUGACACAACUGUAUCAUGAACUUUAUGCUUACGAUCGGUUGAUUUCUGGAUCUGUGGCUGCUUUGAAAUGGCUCCAAGGGACUUUCUUGACUUGUUAAAGUCAAUAAUUUGCUUUUCUAAAUCUUUGCUGAGUCUAAUCAGUGUAUAAAUGGGCCCUGUUUAAAUUGACUCAAAGGAGUCACCAGCUGUAGUCAAUCGUAAUCACUCACAAGAAGUUAAGAGGCCAUGGCACUAAGAAAAUUGGAUUAACACACCUUUCUAAAUCACCAAAACUGAUAAUUAAAGUUACUGUAUGUAUAUUUUUGAUAUUUUGUCAUAUUUCCAAAAGACCUAUAAUAAAUCUGUGAAAAAUCCAAAAUACGAUUGUUUUUCUGUGACAAAGACAAAUAUGUUUCAAUGAUUACAUCAUAGAAAAUCAGAACUUCGAGACUGCCAGAAUAUGUAUGGUCUCCACAACUUGUCUACACAACUGUAUAUAAAUGUAUAUAUUCAACACAACAUCCUCUUCAUUGGAUUUCCAUUAUAGUUUCCUACUUUGGCCCAUAUGAUCACAAAACAGGUUUUAAAUUACCUCCUAUGUGAUGAUAAAGUCAUAAAUUCAACUUUUCCAGCCCUAAAGGGUAGAAUUCCUUCAUGUUGUACUUCUGCUUUAACAAAAGUCGAGGAAGUACAGUACAAGUAGAGACUAGAAAAACCUCCAGAGGUAUUUGUCCCAAUCAUUAAAUCUUCAGUUCAGUCUGGCUGCUCCCAGCAACCACAACCAGACACUCCCACUGUGCAAGCUGAGUCGAGCCUUUAUCGGAGUGACUCAGGCUGAGCUGGUGUUGUUUUACUGUCUGCUUCCAGGGAAAUCAGGAGUGACACAAUCACCCAGUGCUAUAUUACACUGUGGAAGUGGGUUCUGGGGCGAGUCCAAGCACUGAUUGUACCUUUAUCCAGUUAAUCUGUAUCUCUUUGUGGCCGCCUAUAUUUAAUUUUGGUCAUUUUUUGUCUUAGAAUUUUAGUUUUGUGAGUAGUUUAUUUUUGCAGUCAUUUUGCAUUGAGAUAUGGUUGUCUUUGCCCCAUUUUGGUCAUUUUAUGUCUCAUUUUGAUUGUUUUGGAUGUCUUUGUGGGCACUAGCAUUUAGUUUAGCUUGUUUUGGGUCACAUUUUGGUUGUUUUGCAACUGUUUAUCAUAGUUUUUCUCUCAUUUUGAUCAUUUUGUGUCACAGAUUCUUGACUGUAUGUCUCUUUGUGGUCAUUUUGCAUCACUGAAUGGUUGUUUUUUUAACCUUUGUUUCAUUUGCAUUUAAUUUCGGUCACUCUGUGUUAAGUAUUGUACAUUUUAUGUCUCUUUGUUGUAAUUUAGCUUCACUGUAUGACUGUUUUUGUCUCGAUUUGUUCAUUGCUUUGUCUCAUUUUGAGUAGCGUGGACUUGGAUUUGUGUCUCAUUUAGACUGUUUUGCAUCUCUUUGUGAUUGUUUUUUUUCCACUUUGGUCAUUCUGUGUCUAAUUUUGAUCAUUUUGCAUCUAUUUUUGGGGCCUUGCAUUUAAUUUUAGUCGCUCUCUGUCUUAUAAUUUUAUGCUUGUGAGUCUUUGUAGUCAUUUUGCCUUACCAUAUGGUUGCUUUUGUUCCAUUUUGUGUCUAAUUUUGAGAGUUGCAUUUAAUUUUGGCCAAUAUGUGUUAAUUUUACUUCUCUUUGUGGUCAUUUUGCAUUACUUUAUGGUUAUUUUUGUCCCAUUUUGUGUACAUUUUUGAUUUUUUUGCAUCUCUUUCUGUGCACUUGCAUGUAGCUUUGUUUGUUUUGUGUCACAUUUUGUUUUUUUCUCUCUCUUUGUUGCCAUUCUGUGUCUCUUUGAGGUAAUUUGAGGUCUUAUUCUGGC